AAGUUCAGGAGUUCCUCGUUGUUGUGAACGCCCCCGUCCAGCACUGCUCAUGGCGCCCAAGAAAGCAAAGAAAAGAGCAGCAGAGGGAGCAAACUCCAACGUGUUCUCCAUGUUUGAACAAGCUCAGAUCCAGGAGUUCAAGGAGGCGUUCACCAUCAUGGAUCAGAACAGAGAUGGCUUCAUUGACAAGAAUGACCUGAGAGACACGUUUGCAGCUUUAGGACGCCUCAAUGUGAAACAGGAAGAGAUUGAUGAAAUGCUAAAGGAAGCAUCUGGACCAAUCAAUUUCACCGUGUUCCUCACAAUGUUUGGAGAGAAACUCAAGGGUGCUGAUCCAGAGGAAACCAUCCUAAACGCCUUCAAAGUGUUUGAUCCCGAGGGGAAGGGAAUACUCAAGAAGGAAUAUGUGACCGAGAUGCUGACCACACAGGCGGACAGAUUUUCAGCCGAGGAGAUGGAGCAGAUGUUCACCGCAUUCCCCCCAGACCCUGCGGGAAACCUGGACUACCGGAAUCUGGUCCAUAUCAUCACUCACGGAGAAGAGAAAGACCAGGAAUAAUUCACGUAGCCCUCGGCCAAUCCCAGCGCUCCCUGUGUGCUUGUCCACGCCCAGUUAUUUAUGAUUGACAGGCAUGAAUCUGUGCAAGUCAAUAAAGAAUAGUCUGAUUUUACAACGUGUAAUAUUAUGUCUGUGUUUGUAAAAUAAACACCAAU